AUGAACCAAAAUUUUUGCAUUGUGGUCCUAUUAGGCUUGCCUGCUAGUGGAAAGAGCUGGUUAGCAAACAAAUUAUGUAGUUUUUUGUCUGAAAAUGAUUGUGUUGUGAAGUGUGCAGCUUAUGAUAACAUUGUGAGUUUAGAAGAGCAGGCCAAAAUUGCUCUUUCUUCAACUAGUGAAUUGACAAAACAUUAUCGUCGCGAGAUGAAAGAAACCGUGGAAUCUAUUUUGGCAACACCUAAUUCGUCCCAAAAGAACGUGAUGAUUGUGGACGAUAACAACUAUUAUCGAAGCAUGCGGUAUGAAUAUCAUCAGCUAGCUGCUAAGUUCAACACGGGUUACCUUCAAAUCUACGUAAGGUGCGAAGUCGCUAACGCCUUAUUCCAAAACAGCAAUCGCCCACAAAGCAAUCGUGUUCCCGACUGUGUAAUUGUUCAGAUGGAUACCAGACUUGAAUUACCGUGUGAAUCAUGGGAAAACUCGCUGACAAUCGACUCAGCCGACUUAAAUAAUCCAUCAAUGAUGAGCAAGAUAUGGGUCCGCAUACAGGAAGCUAUCAGUAAUCCUGUCUCAACAAUCAAGAGGCUCGAAGAGAAGAAACUCGUAGCCGAGCAAAGCAAAUUAUGCAACAAUCAUAAUGUCGUUCACAAUAUCGACAAAGCUCUAAGAAAACAAAUAAGUCAGUACAUACGCGAACACAAAGAAAAAAAUAGUGCUCGUGUAUUGGCGGCACAGCUUAACGACAUUCGACAGUCCGUCAUGGAAGAUGCCAAAAGAGGAAUCAUAGUACCCCCUGCAGACAUCCUGAAAGCAGAUGAAUCCAUCGACAUGCCUAAACUUGAAACUUGGGUUACCACGAUUUUCCUCCAAAGGUGUUCAUCACAGCAUGGACAUGACUUGGUCAUACUAGAAUGAAUAUACUGGUCAAAAUCGCUGGUUGAUUAAUAAACAGCAAUACGAUCA